UUCUUUUUGCGUGCUCUGAUAACUGGUAGCAGCCAUUUUUCAUUCAUCUGUGAUCCUUUGAUUUCCAUUUUUACUGUUCUCAUCGUUCUCUGUCAUCAUCUAGUCUAAAGAUGCCUCAUAUGGCUUCUGAGAUUAUUGCCUUUGUACUAUCAGUAUCUGGCUGGGUUUUGGUUAGCUCUACUCUACCCACUGAUUACUGGAAAGUCUCUAGUAUUGAUGGCACAGUCAUCACCACUGCAACCUUCUGGUCCAACCUUUGGAAAACAUGUGUUACCGACUCAACAGGGGUGUCCAACUGCAAGGACUUUCCUUCUAUGUUGGCCUUAGAAGGCUACAUCCAAGCUUGCCGAGGUUUGCUAAUAGCCGCUGUAAGCCUGGGAUUUUUUGGCUCAAUAUUUGCUCUUGUUGGCAUGAAGUGCACAAAGAUUGGAGGCUCGGAUGACACUAAAGCAAAACUCACCUGUUUCUCUGGCUUGCUAUUUAUCUUGAGUGGUCUCUGUGCUAUGACUGGAGUGUCCCUGUAUGCAAACAAAAUAACCUCAGAAUUCUUUGAUCCAACAUUCCUGGAGCAAAAGUAUGAACUAGGUGCUGCGCUGUUCAUUGGAUGGGCAGGAUCGUCUCUUACCGUCAUUGGAGGCGCUAUUCUUUGCCUCUCUUUGAACGACAGUAUCAAAAAAGCCAGAGUAAGUUAUUCUUACAAUGGAGCAAAGUCUGUAAGAUCUGCACAUACAAGCCGCCAUGAUCAGAACAACAACCGUAAUGGACAGAGAGGAACACCAAGAAAUUUUGACAAGAAUGCCUAUGUGUGACCGUUUCUACGUAACGGACAAUUGCCUCUUGUCUGUCAGAUGCAUGUUCUGCACAACCCUAGCUUUUCCCAAAGAGAAGAAUAUUUCUUAAAAGAUUUAACAUCCCAUUGUGACCUCAUUGUAAAGUGAUGUCUAUUUUUCGGACAAGUAGCAGCCCAAGUGUCAAAGAUACUGAAGACAUGCAAUAUCUAAUAUCCUCACUAUAAGGGUCAAUUCACACGUCCGUAUGUGUUUUGCGGAUCCGCAAAACACGAACACCGGCAAUGUGCGUUCAGCAUUUUGCGGACCGCACAUCGCCGGCACUCUCAUAGAAAAUGCCUUUCCUU